AUGUGCAGAUAUGUGAGUGGUCAUGCAUUGAAGCAUCAUGAAUCAAGGACUGGACAUUGUGUGUGUAUGGAUGCUGACAGUUUUGCUGUGUACUGCUACACAUGUGAUGAAUUCGUCACAAAUGACACCAAAUCUGGACAUGUAGACUUGUUGAGGAAAAACUUACAGACCAUAAGAAGCGCACAGAACCAGUUACGCCAGAAGUCACAGAGACGACGGUCAGAUAGUUCACAGUCUGAAUCGGAAAAUGACAGAAAACGACAAAAGAAAGACGAUAAAUUAAAAAAGAUAAGACCAAAAUCUUCUGGUCUUAGAAACCUUGGCAACACAUGUUUCAUGAGUGCAGUCUUACAAUCUCUUAGGUAUGCUGGAGAUAUUACCUUGUUAAUUGAAUUAAUUAACUACUUUUACAAGCAUUUUAGUGCUUUUGUAGAAUAUAUUUUUUCAUUAAUAUGCCAUACUUUUGCAUUGAUGGAAGAAUUUGUUCAUUUUAAAAACACGAAACUGAUAGUUUUUGUAGUUUACCCUGCAGAUCAGGGCAGCGGCAAUGAUGAAGAUGUUUUGCUUGUUGAAGAGUUAAGGAAGACAUUGAUAGCUAUAUGGGAAGGUGGGAAGUCAGCAAUAUCCCCAGAAUCCCUGCUUCAUGUUAUCUGGAAACUUGUCCCGAGGUUCAGAGGGUAUCAGCAGCAAGAUGCUCAUGAGUUUAUGAGAUAUCUGUUAGACAGACUUCAUACAGAGUUACUGGCCCUGCUGCCAUAUACAGCUACAAAUAAUAAUAGCCCAUUUAUAGGUCCGAAAGGUAAAAGUACUAUUGUAACAGCCAUAUUUGGAGGUUUAUUACAGAGUGAAGUCAACUGUCUUAUAUGUGGUGUAGAGUCCAAAAAACAUGAUCCCUUCCUAGAUCUUUCAUUAGAUAUACCAGUUCAGUAUCAUAACAUAAAAUCCUCAAAAGGCAAAGAAAAUAUAGACCAGCCUGUAUGUAAAUUAGCAGAAUGUUUAACGCAUUUCACAGAGGUAGAAGAGCUAGAGGAGACAGAGUUGUAUAUGUGUACAGGGUGUAAAAAGAAACAGCGAUCUACUAAAAAAUUCUGGAUACGUAGACUUCCUAAUGUUUUAUGUUUACAUUUGAAGAGAUUCAAGUGGGUGACAUCAUUUCGACAAAAGUUGGAGACGUAUAUAGAGUUUCCGUUAACAAAUCUUGAUAUGAACAAGUACAUUUUAGACAUGCAUGAAACAAGGGGUACAAGUGUAGGAAGUAAUAUCUAUGAUUUGGCUGCUGUGAUUGUCCACCAUGGAUCAGGGGCAGGGUCAGGUCACUAUACAGCAUAUGUAUUAAAUGAAGGUCAAUGGUACCAUUUCAAUGACAGUUCAGUAACAGCAUGCGAACAGGAGACGGUGAUGCGAUGUAAAGCGUACAUCUUGUUCUACAUCCGACGAGAGAUACGCCUGCCAGAUUAUCUUAACGUAUCCAACGGCAACGGCCGAGCUGGUUCUCAUUCCAGUUCACGUAGUUGAGAAACAUUUUAAUUAAACCACUUUUUACCAAUUAAAGAGAGAGUAGUGAAACUACUUUGUGAUCUGGAGAAGGGCAUCUUAUUAUUAUAUGUUUAAAAAAAUCACCAUCUAAGCUUAUUAUUUGAUGAGCUAAAAAUAGAAAAGAAAAACUAAUGGUGAGCAGUCAAUAUUCUUACAGCCUUGUGCUAUUGUGCUAUGGGUUUUGUUAUGAUUAAAAGAAGGGACCUAUGACAGUAAGUGUAAAAUGACUACACUCUGUAGUUUCAAUUGUUGCUGAUUUUUUUUUUCAACCAACAAGAGUAGUUUCCCUUGUUUCACAUUGAUUUUUUUUAGCAACAAGAGUGGUUUCCCUUGAAACACAUUGAUUUUAUUUGUCUACCAAUACAAGUAGUUUCUAUUUUUACAUUUUCGAAAUAGUGCUAUUGUCGGAAGUAAGAGUUUCUUUUAUUGAAAUGGAACAAUCAUUAGAUGUAAUUAAGUAUACUUUUCAAUAUCAAAUCAUAUUAAAGUAGAUACAAAUUGAGUUCGGUUAUAAGGAAUGCAGAAAAUCCAGAAUUUGACAAGAUUCUUUUAUUCCGUUCCUUGUAUUAUUAAUACAAUUGUUUAUAAUAUUUCAUAAUUUUUAGGGUGAUAAUAAUUGAUAAUCAGUCUCAUAUUUUGCCAGAUUAUAUUCUGGUUUAACCCCUGCCUUGCUGGAACUGAAUGGAAAUAGCCUUUGCCUUCAGUAUAUAGCCAGGCCUACCUGAACAUCUGAUGCAGUCUGACUAGGAUCUAUAUGUGGGUAGCUCAAGUUUUUGUCUUUGGAUAUUACUAAAAUAAUCCCAUAAACUUUAAAUGGAGUGUUCAAAAUACAAGGCUGGGCAAAUCCUAUGUGAAAAUUCAGCAGUGUUAAGGGACAUUAUCUGUAACAAGUCUUGUUUUCGUACAAAAUUAAAAAAAACUAGUUCCAACCAUGUCAAUAAAUGUUAUUAUUUUCUGAAGAAGAAAAUAAGAAAGAAAAAGAAACCAUUGAUUAUUUAUUCAUUGUAAUUUUUUUUACAAAAAUGUUGAGAAUAAGGGAACUACUUUACUCUAUCAUUAUUCAAACAUGCAUAAAGUUGUGCUAGGAUGUACAUAAUAUUAUACAGUAAACUGUUUCACAGUUUCAUCAAAGUUUUCGUUGAAUGUUGGGAGGAGGGUUAAACAACCAAAGUCUUUCUUUUGUGAUUAAGAAUGAAAGAAGAAUGAAUAAUUGAGGGAAGAAUGAAUAAUUGAGAGAAGAAUGAAUAAUUGAGAGAAGAAAUGAAUAAUUGAGAGUAGAAAUGAAUAAUUGAGAGAAGAAUGAACAAUUGAAUAGAAGAUUAAAUGAUGUAGUGACUGAAUGACAUUGUGACAGUAUUUUGAAUAAGUUUUUUAUGCCCCGGGCAUA